CGUCCCCUGAUCAGGCGAAAAACAUUGAAUUCGUUUUAUCGUUCGAAUAAAUUCUCGGCUCUUCUCAAUAAACGAGAAGCGGGUCCAGCCAAAGGAUCCGCCAGAUAAACAUUUUAUUGUACAUACGUAGUACAAAUGAGAUUGCCAGAGAUUGCUUUGCCCGCGGUGAAAUGAUAGCCUUAACGGUAAUACAUAGUAUGUGCUCUAUGUAUAUACACUGCGUUAUAUAUAGCGUGUGCGUAUUCAGUACAGUACGAGCGCAUGAUAUACAGCCGUGUAAUUUUGUGCGUGCAACAAAAACGAAAUCUAUUCACUUGUCGAAAAAAGAUUACCUGAUUAUUUGAGUGUCUUUUUUUCGAAACUCGACAGUUUUGUCACCGUCAUGCAGAAGGAAAAAGUAACGAAGGUUUAGAUCUAAGGAUUUCUAACCUGCUCUGUUGUCAAUACAACGUUUGUCUCGAUAUCCGUGUCAGAGAUGAGCAGCUAAAUUUCUGAACUCGUACGUUUCGUUUCUUACUCGCACUUUUUACGGCGAUACCUUUAUCGGCCGGAGCAAUUAUGGCUCACGAUAAAAAGACUGUAAGGCGAAGCCGUUCGCGCGAGCGGGACCGCGAUCGCGAAAGGGAUCGAGAACGACGGGACAGAAGACGAUCGAGAAGCCGGUCCAAGGAUCGGAAGAAAGAUAGAAAGCGAUCGAGGUCGAGGGAGAGAUCCCGGGAGAGGGAUAGAUCGCGGGAGAAGGAUAGGGACAGGUCGAGGGAGAGACAAUCGAGGGAUUCGAAAGACAAAUCGAAGGACGAUAAGAAACGUAAGCUGAGUCCCAUAUUUGUGAUCGAUGAUGAGAACAAGAAGGAGAGCAAGAGCGAACAGCAGAAGAAGGACGCGGAAGAAGCAGAAGAGAAGGCGAAGCUUGCUCCGAAAAAGGAACCGUUGAGUCUGGAAGAGUUGUUGGCUAAGAAAAAGGCAGAAGAAGAUGCACGAGCUAAACCAAAAUUCUUAUCUAAGGAGGAACGGGCCGCCCUGGCAUUGCAAAAGCGUCAGGAGGAAGUGGAUGCUAUAAGGAAGCAGCAAGAGGAAGCACGAAAAUCUUUCUUUCACAAUGAAACUCCCGGUAAAGAUCGAGAAUGGGACGAUAGAGACAGUAGGCGUAGAGAAUCUCAACGUGCACGGGAGGACGAUAUCAAAGACAAGGACAAAGAAAAGGAGGUGGAAGCUAUUAAAGAGCGUUACUUGGGUCUGGUGAAGAAGAAACGACGCGUCAGGAGAUUGAACGAUAGAAAAUUUGUAUUCGAUUGGGAUACUUCCGAAGACACGUCUGUCGAUUACAAUAGCAUUUACAAGGAGAGGCAUCAAGUUCAAUUCUUUGGUAGAGGGAAUCUCGCUGGGAUAGAUAUUAAAGCGCAGAAACGAGAUCAGAGUAAAUUUUACGGAGAACUGUUGGAGAAGAGAAGAACGGAGGCGGAGAAGGAGCAGGAGAAAAUGAGAUUGAAGAAGGUGAAGAGAAAGGAAGAGAAACAAAAAUGGGACGAUAGACAUUGGUCCGAGAAAGCUCUGCACGAAAUGACAGAACGAGAUUGGCGUAUAUUCAGGGAGGAUUAUAAUAUUACGAUAAAGGGUGGACGCAUACCGGAUCCGAUUAGAUCUUGGAAAGAAUCUGGAUUCCCCAAAGAAAUUCUCGAUAUCAUCGAUAAGGUGGGAUACAAGGACUUGACUCCGAUUCAGAGGCAAGCCAUUCCCAUAGGACUUCAAAAUCGUGACAUCAUCGGAGUCGCUGAAACCGGAUCCGGCAAGACUCUGGCUUUCUUGAUUCCUCUGUUAUUGUGGAUCACCAGUUUACCAAAGAUCGAAAGGCUGGAAGAAGCGGAUCAAGGACCCUACAGCAUAAUUCUAGCACCAACUCGCGAAUUGGCUCAGCAGAUCGAAGAAGAGACCAACAAAUUUGGACAACCGUUAGGUAUAAGGACGGUCGUCGUGGUAGGCGGUCUUUCGAGGGAAGAACAAGGAUUCAGGUUGAGAAUGGGCUGCGAGAUCGUUAUAGCCACACCGGGGCGACUGAUCGACGUGCUAGAAAAUCGAUACUUGGUUUUAAAUCAGUGCACAUACAUCGUACUGGACGAGGCCGACAGGAUGAUAGACAUGGGAUUCGAACCGGACGUUCAAAAGAUUUUGGAGUACAUGCCGGUGACGAAUCUAAAACCGGACAACGAGGACGCCGAGAACGAGGAGAAACUUUUGGCCAACUACAAUACGAAGAAAAAGUACAGACAGACGGUGAUGUUUACGGCGACUAUGCCGCCCGCGGUGGAACGAUUGGCUAGAACUUACUUGAGGCGACCCGCUGUCGUGUACAUCGGCAGCGUAGGAAAACCGACCGAAAGAACAGAACAGAUAGUACAUAUCAUGGGCGAAGCCGACAAACGCAAGAAAUUGAUGGAGAUACUUAGCAGAGGAGUGGAACCACCGGUAAUUAUAUUCGUCAAUCAGAAGAAGGGAGCCGAUGUACUUGCCAGAGGCUUGGAGAAAUUGGGUUACAACGCUUGCACGCUACACGGUGGCAAAGGACAAGAGCAAAGAGAGUACGCGCUCGCUUCGUUGAAAAGCGGUAGCAAAGAUAUUUUGGUGGCUACCGACGUCGCGGGUCGUGGUAUCGAUAUCAAGGAUGUUUCCAUGGUCAUUAAUUACGAUAUGGCCAAGACCAUAGAAGAUUACACACAUCGUAUCGGUAGAACCGGUCGCGCUGGGAAAGCCGGACUCGCCAUAUCUUUCUGUACCAAGGACGACAGCCAUUUGUUUUAUGAUCUCAAACAGACUAUUCUCGCGAGUCCGAUAUCUACUUGCCCGCCUGAAUUGCUGAAUCACCCGGACGCUCAACACAAACCUGGCACAGUGGUUACGAAAAAGCGUCGAGAAGAGAAGAUAUUCGCCUAGAAUUAAUCGAACACCGCACUGUAUAAACGCGCAUAUUCGCGAUAUGAUCGUGUAUCUUUUUAUUCUCUAGUUCUUUUUACAGUUGAUUGAGCACACUUGUGUACCUAAUUAGCUAUAAAUAAAUGUAUUCUAAGGAAACGAAGUUUAA